CUCAUACACUUUCGUGGCAGUGAGCUCCUGCGUGGCUAGGGUAUUUUAAAAAAAAAAUUUAGUUUUUGAUACGCUCUCGCGUCGGUCACCGGGAGUGCACCAGCUGCUCUUCAUACGAACGAGGACUGCUGCGGCUCUAUCGUUAACUGUAUUCCAUCGGUGGCCGCUUCUGCUCAUACAUACAUUUACAGGAAUACGUCCCUGUUGGCUGAUGAAAAACAUCACUACUAAACAAUAACGACACUUAAGAGAAGAAAAUAUGGCGAGUAUAAUAAAGCACGUCUUUAGUAAUUACAACGAGUUUCUGGAAACCAGCAAAGAUCCAGAAAUCGACUCUUGGCUGUUUAUGGGCUCGCCAACACCGGUGCUGCUCAUAGUCAUCGCAUACUUGAGCUUUGUCCUAAAGAUCGGCCCAAAGAUGAUGGAAAAAAGAUCAGCCUACGAACUCAAGAGCAUUAUAAUACUGUACAACGCGUUUCAAGUAAUCUUUAACAUUUGGCUGACGAAACAGGUGUUCAACAUUCACCUUCUGGGCGUUCUGACCACCGACACGUGUAACAAUAAACUUCCGGUAAACAGCAAGCUCAAUACUUCGAUUUCAGCUGCAGGCUGGUGGUACUUUUUUGCGAAAAUCACUGAAUUGUUAGAUACCGUAUUUUUUGUCCUGCGCAAGAAAUUUAAUCAGGUGUCGUUUUUGCACGUGUACCAUCACACAAUUACAGCCUUCUUUUCUUGGUGCUAUCUGAAAUUUUUGCCCGGUGAGCAAGGCGUCGUCAUAGGUUUCCUCAAUUCAUUUGUCCACAUAGUCAUGUACUCGUAUUACAUGAUAGCCGCUCUUGGACCCGAAUAUAGAAAGUACCUCUGGUGGAAGAAAUACAUGACCUGGUUACAACUGAUCCAGUUUGGCAUAAUGCUCACUUACCUCAUGUUCACGCUUACAACAGACUGCCGUAUGCCGAAAGCGCUUACGUACUUCUUUUUGACGCACGUCAUCAUUUUUCUUUAUUUAUUUAGCAAUUUUUACAGAAAAGCCUACACCAAGCCUAAGAAACUACAAUAAACCUUUUUUUGGAGUCACGAUUGCAAUGAUCACUAAUUUUGUUUACUGUACAUUUCAUGAUACCACAUUUUUAUCUCCCGUUGUAUUCAACUAUUUCAUAAAAUGUAAUUGUUAUGUUAAUUGUUAUUUGUUAAGUGUGAAAAAAAUAAUUGUAGAUUGAUCGGUUAGUCUUUGUAAUCGUAUAGUUUAAAAGUUAGUUCCUUCGAGUAACUUUAAUGCUAUGAAGAAUUUCCAUAAUAAUUUUUUCAAAUUGAGAUACAUUUUUUACACAAAUUUUAUUUUAUAAGCUUCAAAAAUGUUUAUCAUUCCAUGU